CAGAACUUUACUUGCGCCCAGCUGGAUUUACAGCGUUUACUUGCAGCGAAAAAGACCGUGCAUUGCGCAAUACGACGGGAACAAAGCGCAGCUGUUUUGCUGCAUGCAAUAAUCGCUGUUGUCGAAAGUAGAUAUUUCCUAAAUGACGAGGAAAGGACACAGCAACAGCAGGCCAUUUGUGCUGCAAAACGUCCAACGACUCAGAAAACUUAUUGUUGGUACGUCGGUUGAGGAUCUGCUGACAAAAGCUUGCGCCGAAUUUAAGUUACCUCGAAAUGAUGUGCAACUAUUAUGUGAAGAUGGCAGUGAAGUCGAUGACGAAUACUUAGCAUUUUGCAGCGAUUAUACAGUCCUAACGGUGCUAAAGUCGAGCGAAGAAGUGAAAUAUGUCCCACAGAAGGUGAAGGAGCACGUCGAGCAGAUGCAGAAGCUGUUGUCACAGAGAGAUGUCGAAGUCAGUGCAGCGUUUGCAGAAUCGGAUCGAGAAAAACUUGUGAGCAUCCUGCAAAAGUCUGCACAGCAGUUGGAAGUCCCAAAGCAUCUCGUAUUGGCCGACAGCAGGGAUGAGCAUCCAGACUGGUUCAGAGAUUUAAAGAAUGAAACCUCGAAGAAGAAAGUCAUGCGCAGAAAAGCCACUUCUCGGAUAAAAGGAUAUUAUCACAAAUCAAAGAGUGACCUCCUGAAGAAUUUUGCUGAUACACAUCGUCCUUGUUUGGACUACGUGUUCCGAGAGUUUUCGCGCUACCUGAAAGAGAACGAUGCAAAUGGAGUCUACUUUGUGAGGGGAGAGAGAGACGCGUUGUGCACUGACGUGGGGCUCUUCACCUGCGAGGGUGUCUUUGACGCCUCAGAAUGUGCAAGUGCUGGCCAUAACAUCAACCCAUAUGUGAGCCGUGAACAUUUGACUGUAUUUGGAACGUGGAACCUUGAUCAUGGGGUCGAAAGGUCUCGGACCAUACUGCCAGCCAUAAAGACAGCGGUUGAGGAAGCAAGAGGGAGGUGCAUAAACAUCAAAUAUUUCUACAAGCUCCUCUUCACGAAGGAAAACCUCAAACUGGUUCAUCCUGUCUGCCACUUGAAGACUCUGCACAAGAACUUUGUUGCUGACAGAAAACACUGGUACUUAGUCAAUGAAACAAUGUCACAUGGAGACAGUAAGAAGACAUGUGGGAGAAAAGCAAGAGUAUAUUGCACUGAGGCAUGACAGAAGGCACGACCAGGCAGUUGCGGUUUGACCAUCCUUGACCAGCGGAUUGGUCCAGGGUAGUGUGUCAGCCUGCUGAUCCUGAGGGCGCGGGUUCGAAUCCACACGGGGACAGUAGCAACUUUAUGGCAAGGUACAAGUUGCUCAGACACAGGGGAUGUGAGACACAUCUAAUGUGCAGAGAUUUCUGUGCACGUUAAUUUCAUUAAUUCAUUUUACUACCUUAGGCACAUCUUGCAGGGUAUUUCGUAAAAGGAGUACACAGCAAAUAAAAGGUUGAAAAUGAAAAAAUGGCUAGGAAGCAAGCGAGCUGGUGAAGAUGAUGCAUAAUGUAAAAACACAGAGACUAGGGAACACGAAGUAAAAUUUUUGAAUUAAUUGAAUUUGAAUUGAAUUGAAGAAAUUGAAGUAAUUUGAAAUUUUGAAUUUUGUGAAGUAAAAUUUUCAGCUGUGUUUGAGACUUUGUGUUGUGUCUGUCCCUUCGUGUUCCCUAGUCUCGGGGGUUUUUACAUUAUGCAAAAGAUUGAAGUCUCCCGCACAGAACCCCCAUGUGAGCGAAAUUAAUUCCCAUACCAACCACUGCGGCGUCCCUUGUGAUCAUAGUUUUCUUGUGGCGUACUGCCACGAAUUAGUAUUAUAAUUUUGUGAUAAGUAUACACAUUUUCGUUUGCACAUGAAGCUUUGUCUCAACGAGUAUGCUUUUUUGAACUCAUACCAGUUGAGAGCAUGCACAUUGCAUGUUGUGCUGGUAUAGUCGACUGCAUUCGUGGUUAUGACCAUCUUAUGGGGAAAAAGGUAUUCAAUCUCCUGCACAGUUGUUUUUUUGUCUCUUUUAGGUUAACCCCGCUUUGCAAUGUAAAGUGUAUCUUUGAUCAUCAGGGAUCAAAUGAUUCCGCGUGUCGCGGAGAAAUAUGGUCUCUGCGUGUCUAAAUGGAAAUUGUCGAGCUUAAUUUUUUGGGUGCCAAAAGACGCGAGUUUUUCUUUCUCCUUGCGGAGGAAUAUUCCCGUUCGUGUGGGGAUUUACGACACGGCGGGACUACUUUACUAGGCAGACGUGGGACCAGUGUUAUCUGUAAUGCGUGUGAAAAAUGUGUAAUUUCCAAUAUUUUAGCGUGGUAUUCCGGUAUUUUUUGCUGCUGAAAGCUACGAUACCUGCUGAUCAAAAGCACUUUGAUGUUAGGAUUCCUCUGUUUCGUACUGUUUUCCUCGUUGCUGGUGUCGUCUGCCUUCUUUUGUGCUCUCCCCUUUUGGAAUAAGAUCCCAUACCGGCA